GCGCGUUGCCCUCUUCUCACCCAAACCCUCACCAGUUUCCAGUCCUCCCCCCCCCUCCCCACUUCGUCUGCCGCGGCCGGGUCGGCUUUCUGCGCUGUAGCGGUCUCUGCCGUUCCUUGGAAGCACAGCUCCCCUUCCCCGCCCCGGUCCCAGUCCCCGUCCGGCCGCGGACAUAAAGAUGAGUAGCUCUGAGGAGGUGUCCUGGAUUUCCUGGUUCUGUGGGCUCCGUGGUAAUGAAUUCUUCUGUGAGGUGGAUGAAGACUAUAUCCAGGACAAAUUUAAUCUUACUGGACUCAAUGAGCAGGUGCCUCACUAUCGACAAGCUCUGGACAUGAUCUUAGACCUGGAACCUGAUGAAGAGCUGGAAGACAACCCCAACCAGAGUGACUUGAUCGAACAGGCGGCCGAGAUGCUUUAUGGGUUGAUCCACGCCCGCUACAUCCUCACCAACCGAGGCAUCGCACAAAUGUUGGAAAAGUACCAGCAGGGUGACUUUGGCUACUGUCCUCGUGUAUACUGUGAGAACCAGCCGAUGCUUCCCAUCGGCCUUUCGGACAUCCCGGGCGAGGCCAUGGUGAAGCUCUACUGCCCCAAGUGCAUGGACGUGUACACACCCAAGUCUUCCAGACACCACCACACGGACGGCGCAUACUUCGGCACUGGUUUCCCUCACAUGCUCUUCAUGGUGCAUCCAGAGUACCGGCCCAAGCGACCUGCCAACCAGUUUGUACCCAGGCUCUACGGUUUCAAGAUCCAUCCAAUGGCUUACCAGCUGCAGCUCCAAGCCGCCAGCAACUUCAAGAGCCCAGUCAAGACUAUUCGCUGAUUGCCCACACACCUCUCCCUCUGUCCGUGACACCACCAUUCCUCUGCUGCCACCCUUUCAGGAAAUCUAUGGUUUUUAGUUUAAAUUAAAGGAAUUGUUACUGUGGUGGGAAAAAGAAAUAAAGGAAGAAAAGGCCAUGA